CCCCAAAGCAUCGAGAGCCCCACGAACUUGGCUAUUAUUUCUGCAUUGAGACAUAGGACUUUUUGAGAUUAUUUCAGUUGAGGAUUACCUCUUGUGCUGAACACAUUUUCCCGCAUAUUGUGAGUCUCUUUGCCAUACGAGUGUGUGUGUGUGAUGAUUUAGGCGCGGACAAGUGCAUAAUACCUACAGUCUGUGCGUGCAAAAUACAUAAUAGUCGACGUUAUCAGAGCAUCGCGAUAAGAACUUGUGGAAAUCAAAGAGUUUAGACUUGAGAAGUUAUUAUCUCAAGAAUCUCUUAUAGUCAAUCAACGAAGGAAAGUUGAGAAAAUGGGUAGAAAAUCAAAAGGAAAAGCCAACAGAAACAACCAACAGGCAGUUAAAGUUAGUCAACCAAUUGGUAAUCAACUCUCUGGUGAUGCUGCAAAAAAGGAAACUCCUGUAGCGGAAGAAACAGCUGAAAUUGCUCCGAGUAUUGCUAAGUCUGAGCCAAGCAGCAGCAAUGAUGCACCGACAACAGCAGUAGCUGAAGCAGCAACAGCAGAACCUGUAAAUGUUGCCCAAGAAAUAGCCAAGGAAGAACCCCAAGAGCAAGAAAUGGAAGACACUGGAGCAGAAUUCAGUCAAGUUGGGAAGAAAAAAAGAAAUAGAAAUCGCAACAAGAAAAAGAAUCAACAAAACAUCCAAGAAGUUGAGCAAAAUGCAACUGCACCAGAUGAAAAUGCACCGAAAAGUCCACCCGUGGUGCCUGAAGUGGCCAAAGAUGUGCAAAAUAAGGAAGAAAUGGCUGAAAAAGCAUUAAAUGCCUCAUCAAAGCGAAGUGAGAAGAAUAAUAAAAAGAAGAAUGCAGAGAAAGCAAAUCAAGUGGCGUCUGUUGAUGAAAAUAGAAUUUGUGGUGUGGCAAUAGAUACAGUUGUGAAAGCCAAUGAAAGUGGUGACAAUGUUGUAGCAAAUGACGUUCAACAUACAAAAGUGCCGAAAGAAAAUUUGUCACACCUCGCGGGGGAAGCUCUGAAAAAAUUAGAAAAUCCACCUGAGAAAAAAAAAGAAGAGCUCAAACCAGACGCUAAACCUACAGUUGAUCAGGAAAUUAGUUCUCAGAGUAAAUCUGGCGAGAAGCCUGCAGUUAAAGAUGAGGUUCAAUGUGAAAUUAAGCCUGAAGCUAAGUCAGAGAUUUCGCCUGAAAUUAAGGAAAAACCAAAAGAAAAAUCUCAAGACAAAAAUGAACCUAAACCUUCAAUUAAACAAGAGGCAAAAGGAGACAUCAAAACCGACUUAAAAUCUGAUGAAAAGCGUGAAGAAUGUAAGGCUCAUGCACCUCCAUCUGAAGUCAAACAAAAUAAAUUCAACAAAAAAGCUGAGAAGCAAAAAGAAAAUAAAAAUUCUAAAGCCGAAACUAAGCCUAAUGUUAAAGCACAACCUGAAGCUAAACAUCAAGAUGAUCCUGUUAAAGUUCAACCGAAGGAAACUGCAACGUCUGAUAACAAGACUGUUCAAGAAAAUAUCGAAGCUGCUGUAGAACCAGAUAAAAAUGAGAUUCUAAAUAAGCCUGAGAUCAUAAAAGAAACCAAAGCUGAAGAAAAAUCUGAAGAUAAUUUCGAAGUUAAGACUCCUGCCAAAGAACAACCAAAAAGUGAGAGCAAAAAAAUAAAACAAAUUGAAGAUGUAAAAUCGGGAGAACAGGUUGCAAUCAAGACUGAAGCUAAACCUGAAGAUAAGCUUGAAGUAAAGUCUGAAGAUAAAACUGAUAGUAAACCAGAAGUCAAAGUAGUCCCGAAAUCAGAUCAAAAGCAAGAAGGUAAAUCUAAAAAUGAUAAAUCCCAAAAAAAGCAGCAAAAACAACAAAAGACAGAGCAAAAGGUACCGGAUAAAAAGACAAAGCCUGAGGACGUUAAGAAAAAUACAGAGCCAAAGAUUACUCCAGAUAAAACAACAGAAUUAACAACAGAUCAAGUACCCCUCUGUGAAGCUCCGAAAGCCGCCACAUUACCAAAGACUGAUGAAACAAAGGAGCUUGCAAAGCUCGUUGAUACAGCUUCUAAGGUGGAAGUACCUUUGAUAGAUCCAAUAACAAUUGAAAUCUCUCAACCACUCAUCAUUACAACGGAGGUGUGCAAAGAUAAACUUAAGGAACCAAGUACUGAAUCAACAUUGGCACAGCUUAUUGAGCUAGUUUCCAACACCGAUAUACCAUUGCAGGAUAUGUGUCCAGCAGGUGUAAAGGAGAAAAUGGCAGAAUUUCAGAAGCCAAUAGCUGAAACUGGUGCAGCUUUGGCUGAAUUAGUUAAUGUCGUUGCAGGAGUUGAUGUCCCUCUAAAAGAUGUUGAACUUCCAAUAAUCGAGGAUAAAACUGAUAAAGGGCUAAAAGGUAAAAAGGGUAAACAAACGAAAGGUAAUGAAACAAAAUCUCCGCAAAUUCAGGAGAAAAAUCAAGAUAUAAAGAAGGCAGAUGCUACGAAGCCAGAGGCUAAACCAAGUGAAUUGAAAAAAGACAAUAAGAAAAAUAAUGAGGCUACAGAUAGUAAAGAUUCAAAGCAAGAUAGUUCAGCCAAAGAGAAGAUUGAAGUCAAAGAGUCUACAGCGGCAAGUCAAGAACUACAAACGGUAGUCCCUCAGACAGAAGAAACUAAAGAGACUGCAGCCCCUGAUAAGGAAAUUGAAGUAACGCAGGUUCAAGAAAUUAAAAAGGACACAGAAGCAAGUCUGAAUGAGAGCCAUCCAGAGGUUAGUAGUGAAGCUCCUAAAAAGCCUGAGAGUCAAGAUUCAUGCCAAGAAAAGACUGCAAUAUCAACAGAAGGGAAGAAAGACGAAAAAAUUGAGCCAAAAUCAGAACAAACUCAAACUUGUAAAGAUAAGGAAACGAAACCUCUUGAAGAACCCAAAAAAGAGAGUUCUGUCCAAACAGCUCCAAGUUCACAGAAACCGUGUCAAAAUACAUCUCCACCAAUUACAAAGAAGAAUAAGGAUGAUGCGAAUAUAAGAGCAGCAAAGGAGAAGAGCGAGGCUAAGGCAAAAGAAGUUCCUGAAAAAAAUCCGCAGGAGAAAAUGGAUGCCAUUUCGUUUGAACCAGAUAAAUUAAUUGAUAUCCUGGACACAAAAAUGCAGACACUACCUACCAGUACUGGAGCCAUUAAGAAGGUUCCAAAGCAAAAGGCUGAGCAGGAGAAAGACAGCAUUGGGAGCAGUGACAUGGGAGCACAGACACAGAUUAGUGUCUUACCGUCUUUCCAUGACAAAACUAAGCCAUCAGAGGAAGUUAAGGCAUCAAAUGAGGGUAGGAAAAUUAAUCAGCCUGCUCAACAGGUACAACAACAGAAGACGGAUAAAAGCGGGAAGACUUCGCCACAGAAGAGUCCACCCAAGUCUCCGGCUGGUAAGAAGCCCCAAAUACCUCCAAAACCUGAACAUCUUCUGAAGAAAACUCCGCAACAAGGCCCACAAAAGGAACCGUUGAAUCAGUCUUCAAAAGCGCCUGAAAAACCCGCAGGAAAGAAACAAAUGAUUUUGUCAGAUGACGAAGAAGAAUUUAUUGAAUACAAAUUUACACCAAGACAAGUCUUCCUCGCUACAAUCUGCCAAGUUUGCAAGAUAGCCCUGCAGAGUCCAAACCCAUGCCUGAGCUGCCUCAUGGUUUCCUACUGCAGUGAAGCUCAUGCGAAAGAAGAUGCCGUGAUACAUCAACCACUAUGUCGUGCACUUCAGGAAAUUGCCCGGAAACGUGGAGGGCAUGUUUACAAUAAUGCAAAGAUCCUGUCAAGUGAUGACUUCAGGAAUCUCCGUGUCCACACCCUCAAUCUGUGCGAAUCUCUAACACAGCGACCCCUACAACCGUUCGAAAAGGAAAUCCUCAUCUUCCCACGGAUCUGCUGUACUCCAACCUGCCGUGAGUGGCGACCACCAUUGCUGACGGAAUGUCAAAAAUGCGGUCAAGUCUCCUACUGUCGGGAACAACCGGCUCACCUAUCUGAGGAUCAUCAGCGUUGGUGUCCCUUCUUCCUGCUCUACCAAAAACUCAUAAUCCGCCAGAAGACAAUUGGUCGCAUUGAACCAACCCUUCCGUCGAGAAUCUUCUUGCAGCGCUACGAACUUCCUGCCACAAUGGAGGAUGUCUUCAAGGAGCUGUACAAGAAUAACCCUGCCAUUAAGGAUGACUGUAGCUAUGCAACCCUGACGCAACUAGCAACGGCACCACUAACAGCCUACAGUGCGAUGCAGAAGGUGAAGCUUAGUGUUGCGGAAACACUGACUAUUCACUUAGUUGGGGCUGAAUUGCAAUUUGAGGGAGACACCCUGGAUAAAUGGGAAGCCUUCUUCCUUCAUCUCAUCCCACAAGUUCUGGAACUUCGGGUGGUUUUCAUUGGGCCCGAAUUGAAUGCGGAAAAUUUGCCACUAGAUAUCUUAAGUCGAAUUCGAAUGUGUCGAACGUGUCGCCAGUCCUGCCGUGGGGUGAAGUUUGACUUUCAAUGCGGGAAACUCUAUCACGACUACGCCAAACUGCCGGCAUUCACGAAGCCAGAUUUAAUUUGUUUCUUCAAUCCGGGCCUAUACAGAGCCACGGGAUUCAGUGGCUUGGACACAUGGCCAGAAACCAUAAAGGUCACCACAUCACUCAACUGCCCAAUCGUUGUGACUUCGUAUACGGAAUUGGAGGCCCCGCAGGACCUCACACAGCUCCAUCGUGCCUCAUCACGCCCCCUAAAUCUCAUCCAUCCACCCAUGGUGAAUCCCUUUUCAUCCCAACGCCCCGAGAGGAAUUUCAUUUCUGACGAAAUCUCCCCGAUGAUCUUCAAGAAUUACUUUGUGUUCAUCGUCAGCUAAGAACCAAACGCCGCAGGAAUGUCUCUUUUAGAAUUUUUUUUAAUGGAAUUUUGUUCUCCACAAAUUAUACGAUAUUCGCACAUUUUAUUCUUUUCUAUCAAUUCACAUUUUUAAAUAAAAAAAUCAUAGAGUUUUGAA